AUGAUGCGCCUAUCAUUUUUUUGUAUAUUUGCUACGAUUGUUUUUGUUACUGGUCAAGAUCAGGAUGGUUUAAUAAACAGCAAUGUUGAACGAACACUUGAUCUUGUUUCACAUUUACCUAAAGAAAUCAUUAGUGUAACAAUUGAAAAUCGAGGAACAAAAGCAACUCGUUAUUAUGAUUAUUAUGUUGAACCACAACAUGUUAAUAAUGUUGCUUAUGUUGGUGCUGCUGUCAAAGGUAAAGACAAUGAUGAUCAAGGAAAUUUAGUAAUAAAACAAGAAACCACUGAUAAAACAAAAGGAGCUGUUUAUCGUAUUGCAUUACCAAAUGAUCUUCGUGCUGGUCAAACUAUUACGCUUGAAAUUGAAGUUGCUCAUGUAAAUGCUCUUCGUUUAUAUCCAGCUGAAAUUACACAAACUGAACGACAAUUAGUUUUAUACAAAGCCAAUCCAUAUUACUAUUCACGUUAUACAACACAAACACAAAAAACAACUGUCACAUUACCAACGGAUCGUGCUGAAUCCUACACACAAACACCAAAACCAGUUGCUAAAAGCGAACAAACAAUAACCUAUGGUCCCUAUGAAAAUGUUGCUGCAUUAACACGAAGCGAAAUAACAUUGCAUUAUGAAAAUAAUAAUCCAUUUUUAACUGUUAGUAAUUUGAAUCGUUGGAUUGAAGUUUCACAUUGGGGAAAUGUUGCUGUUGAAGAAACUAUUGAUAUGUAUCAUAGUGGCGCUAAAUUGAAAGGACCUUUUUCAAGACUUGACUUUCAACGGCGACCCGAUAGUCUCUCGGCUGUGAAAACAUUCAAAACAUCAUUACCAGCGUCAGCUCGUGAUGUUUACUAUCGUGAUGAAAUCGGUAAUGUUUCAACAAGUCACGUUAAAGAAAUGCAAGAUCAAGUCGAAGUUGAAAUUCGGCCACGUUUUCCAUUAUUCGGCGGUUGGAGAACCCAUUAUAUGCUCGGCUACAAUGUUCCAUCGUAUCAAUAUCUUUUUAACAAAGGAAAUCAAUAUGUUCUUAAAAUGCGUCUCGUCGAUCAUGUUUAUGAUGAUCAAUUACUUGAACAAGUUACAAUUCGAAUUGUUUUACCUGAACAUACGCGUAAUAUUGAAUUUUAUCCACCACCCUACGGUGUAGAACGUUUACCAAAUGAAAAACAUUAUACCUAUUUGGAUACAGUCGGUCGGCCAGUUGUUGUCAUAACGAAACGUAAUGUUCUCUUUCAACAUAUUCAAGAUUUCGAAAUUCAUUAUACAUUCGAUAAGAUUAUGUUAUUCAAUGAACCAAUGUUACUUGUUGGCCCAUUAUUUGGUUUAUUCUGCUUAGUCAUUAUCUUGGUUCGUUUGAAUUUUUCUAUAUCACGCAAUGAAAUUAGCGAAGCUCGUAUGCGUGUUCAAGCUGUUUGGGAUCAAGUUGUUGAAAAUAAUUUAAAACGAACAGGAUUCUAUCAAAAAAUCGAUGAUGCAUUGAAUACAUACAAAACAAAUAAAGACUUAAAGGGUUACAAUGAACAACGUAAAAAAAUCGAAAAUGAACUUAAAACUGUUCAACAAGAUUUAGCAGGUUUACAAGCAAAAGUUAAAGCUGAUAGUGCUGAUUCAGCUGAGAAGAUUGCCGAAUUACAACGACUCGAUACUCAACAACGUGAAAUUCAACAAGUAUUAAGUGGCUUAGCUGAAAAACUUGUUGGUAAUAAAUUAGCAAAGCCAGCUUAUUUAACUCAAGAAGAAGUGGCUCGUACGCGAUUACGUGAAAUUAAUGCACGUAUAUCAGCAAUUAUUAAUCAAUAUUGA